AUGGUUCCGCUGACCUUUAUCAGGCCGCGCGUGAUUCCCUGUGGAGGACGUCACGACCCUGUGAAUGAGAAGGGACUUCAACAUUAUGUCAAAUUCGUUGACGACCUACUGGCUGCCGGGAUUCAGCCCAUGGUGACUCUUUAUCAAUGGGAUCUUCCGCAGGCUCUCCACGAGAGAUACGGUGGACCUCUUUGUAAAUCGGAGUUCGUGGCUGAUUUUGCUCACUAUGCUCGAACUGUCUUCAAGGCACUGAGUCCUAAAGUCAAGAUUUGGAUGACCUUUACCGAACCUUGGAUUAUAUCGACCUUUGGCUAUAAUCGCGGCGUUUUUGCUCCUGGCAGAUCUAGUGACAGGUCGAAAGAUCCCGAAGGAGACAGUAGCCGCGAAUGUUGGAUUGUUGGUCACAACAUCCUCCUUGCCCACGCGUUAGCAGUCAAGAUCUAUCGCGAGGAAUUCAAACAUAGUAGUGGCGGCGAGAUUGGCAUAACUCUAAGUUCCGACUGGGCAUACCCCUUCAAUCCGGAUGACGAAAAAGACCAGAUAGCUUGUUCUCGAUUCAUCGAUUUCUUCCUAGGUUGGUUUGCAGAUCCAAUUUACCGGGGCUACUACCCUGAGAGCAUGAGAGAACAGCUCUCGGAUCGUCUCCCUGUCUGGAUGGCUGAGGAGAUCAACCUCGUCAAAGGCAGUAACGACUUCUUUGCUCUGGACUACUAUUCGUCAACUUUUGUCAAGCAUAAAGAUUCGCCACCGUCGGCUGAUGAUUUCAUGGGGAAUACGGAGCUUACUUGGGAGAAUGGCAAAGGAGAAACCGUUGGCCGCGAAUCAGGGCUAUAUUACAUGCGAUCAAAUCCACAGGGCCUCCGACACCUAUUGAAUUGGAUCCACGAUAAAUAUAGCCCCAAGGUAUACAUUAUGGAGAAUGGCACGAGCAUCAAAGGAGAGAAUGAUGUGCCGGUGGAUGAGAUAGUUGAGGAUACAUUCCGGUGCGACUUUUACCGCAGCCACAUAGAGUCAGUCGUUAGAGCCUCUGUCGAGGAUGGGGUUGAUAUUAAGGGCUAUAUGGCUUGGAGCUUGCUGGACAAUUUCGAAUGGGCCGAGGGAUAUCGCACGAGGUUCGGCGUCACUUUUGUUGACUUUGCCAAUAACCAGAAGCGGUACCCAAAGAAGAGCGCCCAAGUGCUCGGUGAAUUAUUUGCCCGUCACAUUAGUGGCGCAUAG